UUCAGGUACCAUGAUGUCUUCAAUAGUGGUAUUGAAUCUACUUCUUCUAGUGUCCAUCGCUUCAGCAGGACACUAUUAUGGAGGCUCAUUGACCUUCACAACUAAAGGAACCAAUCCAGAUGGGAGCAUCAGGGUUGAAUUUCGCAUAAAGCAAUCCUAUGAUGAGAUUUCAUGUUAUUAUCAACCAUAUUACUGCGCCUCUGGAGACUGUGGCUAUGAGAGCAGUCAGCUCUUUGGACAAGUUGACCGCAGCUCCAAUGGCAGAAGUGGUUAUUCUAACACUUGGUGCCAAAAUGAAGCUGUUGUCAUAAGAAACGUCCACGGAAACACACCAUUUGAUAUGCAGGAUUAUUCCUGCUGCUGGGUGCCCACUGUAAACUAUGUUAAUAGUUGGAGACUCUGGACGCACGUAGAUCUUGGCAUAAGAUCUGACACUAAUGCACCCAACCGGUCCCCUCUCACCACUAUUUUACCACUUAUACGUGUGCCCCAAAACUGCCCUCGUACCUACCACAUAAUGGCCUUUGACUCAGACGGUGAUAAGGUCAGAUGCAGAUAUGGACUUCAUCAGAACAGUGAAUGUGACCGGUGUGACCAGCCAAGUGGUUUUCAUCUAAAUCAGGGUGCCUGCACUUUAGAGUACAGCAGUACAUACAACACAGGUGUCUAUGGAUUUGAGCUGGUUCUGGAGGAUUUCCCAAAAAAACACACCACUCUCGCCUACUCUGAUGGCUCGCGGUCUUACAGGUGCCCUCUAGGGAGUGCAAGGAAAAAACGGUCAGUAUAUUACACAACGUCAUACCCGACCAGCGCAACUUCAACAAUCCCAUACUGGUGGUGGUGGUAUCACCAGCAAACUACCACUUUACCACCUACAACUACUGAACCACCUACAACUACUGAACUAACUACAACUACCGAAGCAUCUACGACUACCCCGUGGUGGUGGCAUUUACAACAAACUACCACGCUACCGACAACUACCCCUUGGUGGUGGAAUCAUCAACAAAAUAAUGUUGCUACAACUACACCAUCAUGGUGGUGGUGGCAGAACCAACAAAAUACCAUGCCACCAACGCCUGUCCCAUGGUGGUGGUGGUUCUAUAACCAACAACCUACCACACCUCCAAUGACAACCCCAGCGUGGUAUUGGCCGCAGACCACAACGUCACAUCAACGUUCUUACGAACCGUUAAGCAAGAUCCCACUACAAUUUAGUUUUCUUGUUGACCCACCUGCUCCUUCAUGCACUGAGGGACUCUACAUUCCUCACUUUUUGUCCCCUACGCCCCAAAAUGGAGAAAAAAUCCAUGCCGCACCACUCCGUGAACUUGAAAUUCGGGUUAAGGCCACAGCAGCUUAUACCACGGUCCAUGAUGUCAUCAUUAGUGGCCCCCUGAACAUAACUAAGCAUGCUUUGAGCACUGGAGAGUACGCCAUCAGAUGGACACCAAUGAGGGAUGACCUUGGAGAAAGUUUUCCCAUAUGUUUCAUCGCUGAGGCCUCAGAUGGAGCGAACAUCUAUCAGUCUGAUAUGAAAUGCAUCAUUGUCAACGUUGGACGUCACAACGUAAAUGCACACGUGACCUGCACUGGAACCAACAUGGUGGUUGAAAUCGAGCAGCAACACUCUAUUGGCCUCCACAAGGACUUUCUGCGACUCAACGAUCCAGCCUGUACCUUGAACUCAAACGACACUCACGUUUCAGCAAACAUUUCCCUCAACGCUUGUGGUACCCUGAUCGAGGAAGAUGAACGCUAUAUCAUUUUCAAAAACGAAAUUGUCUCAACCGACGACCUUCACAGCAUCAUUACGAGAAAACAUGAGGUGGAGAUUGAGUUCUCCUGUCGUUAUGAGAAGAGCAACAACAUUUCAAUGGAGUUCACUGCGAGGAGAAACAUAUACACCGUUACAGAGAAAGGCUUCGGUACCCUUACGUACAAUUUCGGACUCUUCCCAACGGCAGACUACACCGCAAUGAUGAACUCCUAUCCGGCAGAAUUUGAUCUUGGGGAUAGGAUCUACAUGCAGAUUGAAUCCCAGUCUACCAUCAACGACACCGAGCUUUUUGUCGAGUCGUGUGUUGCGACACCAUACAAUGACCCCAGCUACCCAACGCCCUAUACAAUCAUUCAAAAUGGGUGUGCCUUGGAUGGAACGGUAGAGUUCUACACAAGCCAUGAGCCAACUGUCCGCUUUAGUUUGGAAGCCUUCAAAUUUAUUGGCCUUCAUGAUCAGGUGUUCAUCAGCUGUUCAGUAAUCCUAUGUGAGGCAUACAAUCCCUUCACCCGCUGUUCUCAGGGCUGCACGAACAGCACCGUCAGUCCACCAUCCCACCAUCAUCACAGAAGAGAGGCUGCAAUCGAGACCGCCAGUCACCUAAUCUCUCAGGGACCCCUGCGACUGAAGAGGAGCGUGGAGCGUGAAGUGACCUCUACAGCUUUGAACCUGAAUCUUGUUUUCAUUGCUGGUUGUCUCCUGGCAGCGGUUGGCAUGGUGUGUGGUGUUCUUAUCUACAGAACCAGACGACCACAGAUCAAAUAUCAGCCUCUUCAAUCGAGUGAAAUUUAGAUCCUCUCAGACUCCUCUUAGUAAUCAUGUCUUUGCUUUCUCAGGGUAGAUCUUUGCUUUUAAAAAUGUUUAAAGAUUUCUGUCAAAUUAUUGUCUAUGAAUGCAUGUUAUGGGAACUUUAUAUAUGUACAAUGCAGAUCCUUCUAAAUUCUUUCUAUGGAAUUAUUUUAAUUGCUAAUGACAAUAAAAAUUACAGAAUCUAA